UGCUGUUGUUGCUGCUGCUGCUGUUGUUGUUCUCGAGGCAGCAGAUGACAGCUGAGUCAGACCCUGUUGCUGGAUAUCUCAAAGAAUCAGUGUUGUUUGUUCUUGCUAGUCUGUUAUUUGUCAUGUGUCUCGUCGGGCUAGCCCGACUCAUUUGAGAGUCCUACUCUCAUGAUUUGAGUCGUAGUACAACGUAACAUGUCGGACCUUUGGAUGAUUCUUUGUGGCCGUUCUAACCAAUCCGAUUCUUGUUCUUCCAAACUUUGUACCAUUCUCUGACAGCUUUAAUCUCUGUUUGCGAUGGCCAAGUUGCAUUUGGAAGGACCAUCUUUUUAAUGUGUCAUCUUUCUAUGCCCUUACCACCACUUUUUAAGGAAGAUGCCUACAUGCAAGUAUCACGAACUUAGUGCUUCCCAAGUAUACAAAUCUACUGCUAUUGCUCAAAUUUUGUGUCAACUCUCCAAAUGUUUUGGACCUCAGGAUUUAGGAAGCAACUUAUUUCAAUCAUGUCUCGAAUCGAUUUCACACUCCGAUUCACAAGAAAAGAAACAAGAAGCCAUUGGAACUUGCCUCUGCUUGAUUGCUGGACUUCCCGCACUCACAGAUGUCAAGGAUUGGUGUAAACGACUGUUUGAUCUAUGCAAGCACCAAAAUGUUGAAAUUAAACUUAUUUAUGCAGCUCUUGUUUCAAGAUGUGAGCUGAGUUCAGUAACUUGUUUACUAGAUUAUGAAAGACCAUUUCUAAGGGAUAUUGAAAGGAUCGGCCAAGAUCUUGCCGCAGAGCAUGAAGAUAUUUUCAUGUCAUUAUUUCUAAUGACAGUCAGGAAGCAAGAGCACUGGCUGGAUGUUCUACUGGAAAAAUUGUAUUCUCUGUUGGGAGAAGAUAAAAGGGAAUCGGUCAUAAAUGUUUUAUCUAGUCAAGUUUUGCAUCCCUUAUGGCAGUUUCUAUUUUUCCGUUUGGCAGAAACUUUGUCAAAUGUUGCUGCCCUUAAAUUUGCUGCUGAUCAAAUAAGUGAAAAUGGAGAAUCUGAGCCCACUGCCAAGUUCCUUGCUCAAAAGCUUUUGUGGCAAAUGAAUGUGAUUAAUUUUGCCAAAGAUAACAGUAUUUCAUGCGUAGUGAAUACAGACCUGCUAUUUAAGACCUUAAGUACUUUAAAUCUCCUUCAUCAAUGUUGUUACAUUUGGGAACUUGAUUGGCAAAAAACCCAUGAAUUCUUACUUAAGCAUUCAGUUGAUGGUGGACCUGUUGCAAUGUGGGAAGUUACGCUGUUUGAUGCAUUUUAUGCAUCUUCUCUUGCAUUUCAGUAUGUUUCAGACUGUCUACAUUCAAGGCAUAUAAAAACUGAAACUACGAUGAAAAAAGAUUUCCUUUCCAGAGUAGACAUGAUUUUAUGCAAUAUUCAGCCCCACUCUAUGAGGUUGACAAUAAUGCAAAAUAUAUUCUCUCUUUUGUUUGUUCGUUAUGAGGAUUUCAAGGAGGAUAUUUGCUCUGAUAGUGAAGAAGGAGAAAUAGAUGCCAACCAAAGUUUCCAAAAUGACAAGAAUUUUAUGAUAGAUAAAGUUUAUGAGGUAUUGUCCUCUUCAUUGACAAGUGUCACAAACACAACUGAAACUGGCCUUCGACCAGAGUUUAAAAGAAAUAUAUCAUCAAAUCACAGUCUAUCGUCUCUCAGUCAUCCAAAAAACUGGCAUGAAUCUUACCAGCAGAAACAUGGCUUUGUCUGUGAUCGAUUCAUGACGAGAGACAUUCUAAAACUGCUUCAAGGUUGCAUCAAGAAAUCAGGGUAUAUGCACAUAACGGAUCAAAGUAACUCGAAGCCUGAACUAGAAAGUUCUGCUGUAGUGCAAUAUGAGGCUCUUCAGAAAAAAGUUGAAGUUGCUCUCUGGAAACUUGACAUUCUUUUAGGAUCAGAUUUUGUUGAGAGUACCGUUUUUUCUGACACAGUGGUAGAAAAAAAAUCUCUUCCAGACUGGCUUUUUCAGCACUAUGCUGAUGAAGACAGUGCAAGUGAUGAGGAGUCACACAUUACUGUACCCACAAACAUAGCAUCAAAGCGAGCAGACACUGAAAAAUCUAGUUCAGGCUCUCAAUCAAACCUAACUUCCCAGGGUCAGAUACUCAAUACUAAGUGGAUUCGGAGGGGACGACGCAGAAGUUCGACCCGGCUCUGUGUAAGGAGCACUAAAGACACGAUCAUUAAGAGAAUGCUGUCCUCAAAAGUGAGCUUUGUCUCUCAAUGUCUCUCCCGAGGAAAUUUUUGUGCUGCCAAUAAGAUUAUUCAGACUUUAAAUCUUCAAGAAAGUGAAAUAGCUGCAGAAGUCAAUUUUAUUGAAGUUUACCGUACGGUAAAGCUGAAAGUUGAGGGUUGCUUGGAACAAAGCAACAAGUCCUUUGAUCACUUGGCUGUUCCCAAGAACCAGAAUUCCACCUUACAGGUUAUACAAAGAGCUGCCUCUGCUGGUGUGCAAUCAUCAUUAUUAAAUAAAGAGCUGGAGAAACUGCUUUCAAGUGAACGUUUGCCUCGAGUCUUGAAUGUAGAGCAUAUAUCAGAAGAUUAUUUGCAAUUAUUUGGUGGCUCAGUUGAUGAACAACCUAUUGUGACUGCUGCUGUUGACAUUGCUUUGAUGCUUUCAUCAAGCAUACGCCAAGCUGCAAACUUUUUAAAUAUUGCUGGAAAGUAUUCUUAUGAACUUCAAAACAUACAUACAGCUGUUGCAACUCGGCAACCACCAAUGGGUUUUCUACCAUUCCUGCAAAAUAUUUUGCAGGCCACUACUUCUGAACCUGUAAGCACUUUGAAUCUGUUACACGGAUGGGAAACUCCUAGUUUUUUAACAAAGUGUCUCCGAGACACACUUCAUUUUUGGGAUAGUUUGAACAAACUCCUAGAAGAAGUACAAGUCUCGAAUUAUGUUGUAUCAUUUCCAAAACUUUGUCAACUUACGUCCUCAUACAUGUCUUCCAGAGUUUUUGAAACAAAGGUAGAUUUUAACUAUUUACAAGAAUUGAAAUCAUACCUUAGGCUUUUGAAAUCUGUUGUGGACCGCUCUCCAGCUGGAUUAUUUUUUCCAGUAUCCCUUUCUGAUGUACCCUUGGAAGAAGAGCAUUUUAUGUUGCUCACAAUGAGCCCUCAUAAACUUAUUAUUGAUAUGGUAAUUGACGAAGGAAUGCCACCUCAGACCAUAGAAUCAUUGGUAUCACAGCUUGGUUGCAGCCUCCCUCAUAUCUUGAGCCUUGAGCUGUGCUCUAGUUUGCCAUCAACACCAUCUACAAAAUCUUAUCUUGAUAUAACAAAAAGCUCACACCAUGGGGUUCAUGUGUUGAAUGUAUCAGAUACAAUUGGUCCUGUAAGGCAUCCAGCUAGUUUUACUGAGGCGUUACUUCAAUCAGUCCAUAAUGAACUCUUGCGGCAGCUUCGUCGGUUUCAAAAAAUACACCAAACUCAAAAUGGUCAUAUACCUUGUUCUCUUGUUAAUACUAAGCGAUUACAACUUAUUUUAGCGGCUACCUGGGAACUACGUGAUGUGAACUUAGCCCUGUUGCAACCAGGUGCAGAGACCCUAGCCUUCUAUUGCAACUUAGCAAAUUUGAUGUGGAUCCACUCUGUUAUAUAUUUUUCUGGAAUGGGUAAAGUUGGCCAUGCUUGCUUAAAAUCAUUUGUUUGUGGAAAUUCUGCUCAGCAACUAGCUGCCAUGAAUUUAAUUGCCUAUCAAGUGGGUGCAUCAGGUGUUUUGACCUUUUGGGAAAUUCGUCUGCUUGCUCUGGGCAUUAACAGUAUGCGACCUGUAGGAACAAAGGCUCUAAACCAGUAUGCCACCACCACUGAUUCAUUUGACCCUCUCUCAUUGUUUGUGGUUACCACCGGCACCAAACUGUCUCCGAAGCUAAAGGUGAUGAACUCUGAGAAACUAGAAGAGCAGCUGCAAGAGUCUGUUGAAGAAUACCUUCAUCAUUGGGCAGAUAUCCAAGAAGGAAAAGUGACUGUCCCAUAUCUGGUUGAGCAAUACAUUCAAAGCACCGGCCAAAAUCCUCAAAUAUUUUUAAGAGACAGCUUGAACCAAUCUAUGCAGAGUAAAAAUUAUAGCUUAUCAGACACUCCUGAAGUUUCUUACAUAUUUGAUGAAGAUACAACAUGUGUUUUUGUACUGGAAUAUGGAACAAAAUCUCUCAGAAGCAUUCCCCCCAGAAAGCAAGCAAAUAUGUCAUGGAAAAAUAACAGAAAUCUGUAUGAAAGUAUUUUGCAAUACAUAAGGAGCCACUCUCCGCUUGCUUCUCUUCUACUUAAAGAACUUUCUCAAGACUCCUCUAUGAGUGGAAACAAUAGUGAACUGGAUGAGGAGGCUCAGGAAGCAACUGAACUCAUUUCUAUAACUUCCAUCACAGAUUGCCCAUCCUUGAGUCAAUGCCCAUGUCUCGUCCGUCUUUGCCAAACGGCUAAUGUUGAAAUACAAAGCAAAUUUUUUGACGACAAUGUAUUAUUAUGUGGUCUUCAUAGCUUUGUGCCACAUGAACUUCUCUGGGAGAGGAUCAAUGAUCUAGCAACAGAGCAACAAUGGUCAACUAUUGUUCAACUGCUUAGAGCUCUUCCUCAAAUGCAACUCCAGGGUGACCCAUCACUCUCUGUAAUGUUGGAUCUUGCUCUACUGGAACUAGCUGUUGAAUGUCAAGGAGCUGGUGAAUCGUGGAUGUUCAGUGAAGAAAUAAAAUCAUUGUGUCUCCGUUCAAAGUGUGUCAUGUCACAGAGCAUCUUUUGGCCUGGAGAUUUUUGUGUUGUUCAGCUUCGUAAACUUGUGGAGGUUCCUGAGCUACGUCUAUAUCCUGCCUUAUUUACAAAAGCAGAGAAACUUAUGCAUUCUAUAAAAGUGUACCAAAAGGUUGUUGAUGAGUGCAAGGAUUCACCCUGGGGAACUUGGCAAGAUGUUUAUAAUGCUUCGCAGAAAAAGCCCUCUAGAGUCUUGGACCAAAUUUUGGCUGAUCAAAAUGCUGAGCUGUGUCUGUCUUGGAUUGAUUUGCACAAUAUAACAUCAACUCACACCUACCUCAUUGACUCAAAGGUUAUCGUCCUUCUUUUGAAUGAUUCAGAAGACAGGUUGAAGUUUGUGGAACAGCUACUAAAGUCCGUUCCCUCUCUAAAAGCUGCAAAAAUAUGUUAUGAAGCCAUUGAUUUAGUACAUUCCCUUCUUGCCCUUCAGUUCUGUGCAAAGUAUAUUAGUCUUCACUGUUUUCUUGAGCUCAGUGCCAAUGAGCAAGCCUCACUGGAAGUUGUUUCAAUGGGGAUAGAUAUGUUAAAAUCUGUAUCAACAGUAGUCCAGGAUGAAUGCAUAAAGCUUGUCAGAACUCCUCAUCUAAUGAUUGAGCAGUUAGUUAUGAAUGUUCAACUAGAUGCAGCUGAAAAAAUGCUUGAUGCUGUGCGUCCACGACUUCUUACGCUGAGUCCCAAGUCGUCUCUGUCAGUCCCUGCUUUGGACUCCAUGCUGCGUCAAUAUGCAGAAAAAGCCCUUGAGUUUCGGAUUUCACAGAGCUCUACAGCAAGCCAGAUGAGUGAAAGUAGUGGCUUAUUGGCUUCUUUAUCUCUCUGUUCUGGUGGUAAAGAUUCAGUGAUGCCUGUGGUUGUACCAUCAAAAGCAGAAUGGGUACCUAAUGACAAGGCUUCAGUGUGCAUGAUUUGUCAGCUAUCUACUUUUACUAUGUUCAACCGUCGACAUCAUUGUCGACGGUGUGGCCUGGUUGUUUGUGCCCAGUGUUCACCACUCAAAGCCAUUGUCCAAGGCUACGGAACUUUAAAGGUCCGAGUGUGCAACAGUUGUUUUCCUAAUGUUACCGAGGCGAAUGAGACACUUUCAAGUGACCAGUUGACUGUGGAAAAUGUUGAUUCAAAUGCUUCUGUCACUGCUGAUAAUGUGUGGCGUUUGUCUGUCUCCCCUACAUAUAAUGACACUAUUCGAGGAGAAUUUGCCUAUGAAAACGCCCCUAGUGUUUCUCUGUGUUUAUCCAUACUGAAAAUUCAUUCAGAAAGUGCAGCUUGUCCAAACUUUCUCAUAGACUCUUGUGAGACCAUAUUGGGGUACCUUCAGCCACAGGAAGGAAUGCCAAAUCCAGAAGUAGACUAUGUAUUUGUUAUUGAAAUGUGCAGGUCAUUAGUUCUAGCUGCCAAAGUAAAAUGUGCUCAGUGGGGAUAUGUUUCUGAUGAACCUAAUUGUGAUCAGAGACUUAGUAAAAUUGAUUUAUUUGGCCUCCUAGUUUCAAAUGGGUGCACUGCCAUUAUACCAACAGAAACUUCAAUACAUGGUUUGAGAAGACUUCAAAGUCAACUUCUUGAGGCAGAACUGUGGGAUUUAGCUUUGGAGGUGUCCACAAAAUCAGGAAUGGAAAGAAUAGGAGUAUGGACAGCUUGGGGAAAAGGCUGUUUGCGGGCAGGACGUUGGAAAGAAGCUCGUGAAAAAUUUGUACAUUGCUUCCCAAGCAGCAACAGAAUCAACAAAUCGGCACCAGACUCGCCUUUACUCUUGGAUAUCUUGCAGAUUUUGGAGAACACCCCACACUUGGCUGAUCACAACAUCGCGCGGAAAGCUGAACCCUCACAUACUUCAAACAACCGCUUUGCCCGCUCAGCUGCUGUUACUGUGCUUAAUACUCUUGCCUCACUCAAGAAUACUUCUCAAGGAAAAUUCUCACAGACGCAAGGAAUCAGAGGAUCACUUCAGCCCGUUGUUUACUCUGAGUGCUGCUAUUACCUCGGGGAAUAUGGCAGUCAUGCAACAUAUCUUCAAUUUCUUGUUCAACAUUCUGACUUCAAGGCCACAGUGGACCACACACUUUCUCAUUCUGUUGAUUCCCAAAUUUUUUUUGAACAUGUGUACAUGCCAUGCUUGAGGAGAGGGCUUAUCACUCCCCUGCACAGUGCUAUGACAGCAGUAGAUCCAUCUUUAGCUGUGUGGACGACAUAUUUGUAUGGAAUAUGCGCUGCACUUGAAAGACGCAAACUUCUUCACACUCUCUAUGAGGUGCAGCAAUGGUCAAAGGAUCAUGUACGAUCGGCCAUGACCUGCAUCCGAUUCUACCACUUGAAUGCCAAAUCAUAUAUGGAACUGGCAACAAAUAUUAAUCACCUCAUGCGAGCUCAAAGUCACUUGGAGGGAGCCCUUGCAGUAGCAUCAGUGUCCAAAAAAGCUGAUCAAUCCGGAAGCACAUCCAGCAGCUCUACAGGUGAGGGGCCAGAGUUUAAGUGGCUGCAACUCUCUCCCAAGGAGCUGGAUCACCACAUGAGUACAGUGGAGAGGCAGAAAGAACUCACCAAAUUUCUACGAGCCUACGAGGCGGAUGGCCACACUCUGUAUGAGGCAGCCCGUUGGUUCCCUCAUGAAUUUGCAGAACCACUUGCCCAUGGAUUACCAACCCUAUUUGGAAGCACAGCGGACAGGAAGUUCCUUGCGGGUCUCUGUCUGUUCUGUGGCAAGAAUGUAGAGGAAGGAUAUGGCAUUGUGUACAGGAUUAUUGAAGGAUUUGGUUUACCUGCUUAUGCAAUUUAUGAAGCUGUGGCCAUUGCUCUAGUUAAAUCAGGACGUGUGUCAGAAGUAGCUCAGCUUCUAAAUUGUAUUCACAGCUCUGGCAUCUCUGAUCCCUUGGUUGUGUGUGACUCAGUUAUCAUGAGUUGUUUCAAAGAAUUGCCAAGUCAACCCAAUGCAAGUGAUGUUGAUUUCCUAGCUCGGAAUAUAUCUGAUCAAAAUGUUAAGAUUAAAGCUCUCAUUAAAUGUGGGCAGCUGAAAUCAGCUUAUCUUCUGGCUGUGAAGUGUGAGAGGCUUGAUGACAUAGAACUCAUUUUGCAAGAAGCGGAAAAGCUGGGACAGACUGCUAUUCAAAAGAUUUGUUUGAAACGCCUUGGAAGACAAUAAUCAUAUAACUGUAUUAAAUUAAUGCACAACAUGUAUCUUCAUUGACUGACUUUUGUAGAAUUUUGUUUUGCUUGAUCAUGCUAGCUAAUUUUAUUUAUCAAUGUAUUUGUAUAACAACUUCCUUCUGUCUGUGAUUAAUCAUAGAAGUAACUGUUUUUAAACUAUUUUAUAUGGCUCCAUUCCUACUUUGCUGUUAAGAAUGGUUAUAGAAAUUAUAUCUUUAUAUUGAAUAAAUGUACUGUGAUUGUUAGAAAAAAAAUAUACUCCUAAGUUUA